UUGGGGAGAGAGAGCGAAGAAGAGUGAGAUGUCAGAUUCAGCUCCUGUUUUCGGGAAUAUUUUUGCGGUGUUUUGCAUUGAAUUUGGAGAAUAAUCCACCUUAAAUCCAUCUUUUUUCCUCCUGAACAGAUUCAAAGCCUAUCCUCUGGUUUAUAGCCUACUUUUCAUUUUGUUGAAUGUGUGAAUCCCAUGGCUCCAGCCCUGACCAAGUUUGUCAAAGAUGGUCAUAACAUCCACUUGUCAUCACCUCCUGCAUCAAACAAUCUCUCUCUCCAGCCCUCAGAAGGGCUUCAGAAGAUGCUGUUCUCCAUUUUACACUCUCUGGACUCCUACCUGCAGCCUAACCCUGUGCAUCUUCCCUCCAACGCUAGGGUCACUACAGGCCAAGCGGGGUCUUUAACCCUUCCUGGUCUUGACUGCUUGGCUCUGUCUUAUAACAAAAGCGUUAUAGAGUCUCAACAGGCUUCCUCUAUGCUACCAAAUGCAUCUGACAUGUUUGUUCUUCCAGAGCACAAUGAAUAUUGUUUACAUCAUAGUCCAAAAUCUCAUCAAUGUAGGCCAGGUGCUUUUGAUGUGCCAUCACCGCAUAACAUUUCCUGUGUCUCUCCUCUUGUUGCUAAUGCAGAUUCUGUAUUGGCACCCUGCAUCUUAUUUAAACAAGAAAAUUGCAAGUUGGAUCAGCUGGUUCCUAAAUUAGAGCUGCAAAACCAAAUAAAGGACAGGGCCUCUAGGCAAACAGAUCUACAAAGUCGUGCUCAGAAGCUGCAAAGGAGACUUCAAACUCUUCUAGGACAACAUGCUUCUCUUCAUUGUAAUCAGCAGUUGGAGGAGCUGCGGACACAGUGGGGAAACAUGGAUAGGUCUGCUGGGGCUGAGCUUUCACAGGUCGGAAGCGGACAGCAGUUCAUGGAGACUUUGCCUGACUUCAUAGAGAUUAAAGAGUUUGGUCAGUGCAGCCAUGCAGUGCUGAAGGUUCUGCAGGAAGCCUUGGACUCAGAGGCCACAGCCAGCUCCAGCUCAGAUGAGGAACUGCUGGAGAUCAAGACACACAGUCAAUACAGAGAGACAAGUGUAGCCUCCCCAUGCUUUGAAAAGAAGUGGCUCAACGAGAGAGCAGAGCUGGGCAGCAGAUGGACGUGGUUACAGCUGCGUGUGGCAGAGCUGGAUGGGCGGAUACAGCAACUAACUGAACUUCAUAAGAACAUCUGCUCUGCAAAGGGGAGUGUGGUGCUUGCAGACUCCCAACCAAUGACAGACUGGCAGAUGAAGAAUGCACUACUGAGAAAAAUGGCAGGGUUAUCUGGUACUAUGUUCGAUACUGACAAUGAACCAUGCAGUCCAACCCGCCUCCUCCACAACAUAGAGAGACAGAGUGCACAGCUCAGCCAGAUUGUCAAUAGCCUCAUGCCACCCCUGACCCUGUCUCCACUUUCAAAGCCUUCGCAGCCAUUUGGAGACAACAGAGCCUUUAAUAGUGAUGUUUUUGAUUCUGGAAGCUCAAAGAGAAAGAAGUUGGGUGCAAAGAGGAGACAACUCUUCAAAGAUGACAUGUCGUGCAUCUGCGCUCGCACCCGCCCUCUGGUCACUUAUCACAAGCCUAGACUGUUUAGGCUGAACUCUAUGUGCAAUAACAAAAGCUCGAAGUGUUCAUCGUCUCUGUCUGGUCUUACAUCAUGUUCCUCCUACCUCUGCUCUUCCUCCCGUGAUCCGAUGCUGCUUUGCUCUGAUAUGGACAGUACCUCCAAAGACAUGCUGUCUUCCAGGAUAUGUAGUUCUAAUAAUGGCGACUCCUCCUCUGUGUUCAGUCAGUACACAAAGCGCUCUGCGAGAGAAGAAUGGUCUCAAAUACCUCUAGUUAUAAAUACUCUUCCACUGAGUCCAGUGCUUUGUAGAAGACACAGCUCAGCAAAAUUGUACACUAAUAAGAAAUAUAAACAACAUACGCGGCACUAUAAAAAGAGAGUGUUCGGACUGUCACCCAGUAGACAACAUGAUUCUCGCAGAAAACACAGAACUGUGCAGCAGAGGAAAACAAAAAGGCGGCGCAGGCACAGCGUCACUGAAGAAGAUGAUGGUGAUAAAGACUCAUAUUGGGAGGACAGCUCAGAUGAUAUGUUUGAGGAAAAUUAUGAGUUAGUUUCACAAAAGCACAGCACAAGGGGAGCUGUUCACAGGCGUCAUGGAGAAAGUGUGUUUAAUAUCGACAAUGUUGUGAUUCCAGCCUCCUUGACCAAAGUGGAAAAGCUUCAAUACAAAGAUAUCCUUACACCAAGUUGGCAGGUGAUUGACAUUGAGGCUCUUAUCAAAAAUGAAGAAGACUCUGUGAAAGACAAAGAUGAACAGAUUGAGAUACUCACUGAUGAGGUCUUUGCUCAGAGACAUUUGCCUUUAGAACAAAAAGAGAAACUGCGUUGGUCUUUUAAAGGAAAGAGACGCUCCAGGCAUUCUUCAAGGUCUGGCAGCAGGCUUUCCAGCUGUGGUGGUGUUUUGGAGGAAAACUCUGCGGAGUGGAGCUUUACUCAGCUGGAUCCUGACGAACAGCUGAACACAGAAGAAUGUCUGCCUCAAGCACCCUGGGAGCGCCGAGUGUUUCCCUUGACUGAAGUCGAUGAACAGGCCCUUUCAUCUGGAGUCCAACAGUGGUGUAGCACUUGUACUCUCUCACUUACAAGCCUUAACUAUGAUCUUAUUGUGUCUCAAACUGAUAGAACGCUUCCUUCUUAUGGACAAUACAUGAACUGCACUGAGGUGCCUGUGGUGCCAUAACAAUUAUUUUGUUUGCAUUUUACCCAUUGAAGUUUAAAUAGUUUUUAAAAAAUUUAAAAUCUCAGGAUUACAUUUUAAUAAUUCCACAAAUGUUUUACCUUUUAAUUUAUAACCAGACAUCUUGCUAUGUACAAAGACUGAAACAUAAUAACAAAAAAGAAAAUCAAAUAGUCAAAGUUUUAGAACAGCAAUAUGUAUAUAUCUCUACUGUAAUUGUUCUGUUUUACUUUACAGUCUUUUGCUUAAGGUAUUUAUUUAGUAUGAAUAUUUAUCAAUUUUAGCUAUCAGUAUUCUGUUUGUCCAAUAGCUUUGUAUGAUGAUGGCGUCUUUUUGCUAGUUUAUUUUGACUGUAAAUGUAAAUCACAUUAUUGCUGUUAUCCGAGUUCUGGGACCAUCAACAACAAAACAAGAAAUAGUGUUAAAGGCAUACAUUUAUUGCAGUAAACCUGUUGUUUGGAGCAAUUGAAAUACAGUACUUUUGCAAAAUACAGUACUUUUGCAGCAAUGUUGCACUUUAAUGUUUACAGUACAGUACUGUACAAUAGUUUAAAUAACUUAUAGACUACUGUAUGUAUGCACCAGCACAAUGUUACUCUCGGAUAUGUAAUAUGGUAUCUGUGUAAUUUAUUUGUUGGUUUCCCUCAAAACAUGUGUGAAACCUUUUUUUAAUGAUUGUAACUUAUUUUAUUUACUGGAAAAGAUACAAGAAAUGCACUGUUGUGAAUAUAACCUCUGAGAAAAAACCCCAAAAAACACCAAAUACAGGAAACUGG